GGCCCAAACACAAAAAUGUCCUGAAAAUCCAGGAUACAGUCAAGAAGAUGGUGGCUGGUCUUCAUUUGAUGAAGAUGAUGACUAUGAAAGCCCUGAUGAUGACCAGGAAAAGGAAGAUGAGGCUGACUAUGAAUCACCAACAGAAGAACCUGAGGAAGCAGAACAUGAUAGUGAUGGCUAUGAGCCACCUCCAUCCAAUAAUGAUGAAGCACACCACAAUGUCAUAUUUCCUGCCAAGUCACUUGCAAACAACACAGAUUAUAUAGACAGACCUCCAACAACUAGAUCAUCACAUCAGCCUCCAGUACCACCCCAGCGACCUGGCCCAUCCCCAGUACCAGCCUCAUUUGGGGGAAGAGGUGCUUCUCUACCAGCUUUUCCUCCUCCACCAAGCAACAAUGACUUGAGUAGAGACAGAAAUACCAAGCCUUUGAAACCCCCAGCUCCUUCUAUAGACAGAAGCACAAAACCCCCACUGGAUCGCCUUGCUCCACCAUUUGAAAGAGAAAGCCCAGUAUCAGGGAGGAAGCCAGGCUUUCCUGAAAAGCCUUUGACUUCACAGCUAAGAUCCCUGGGGGAACAGCUAGCAAUGAUGCCAAAACCUCCUGUCCCACCAAGUGACAGAUAUGAAAGAGGCAAUCCAUCUCCUCUAAGGAAGCAAACCCCUGUAAAGCAGGGUUGGCCACCACACAAAAAAAUUGAAGAAGAAGACGACACUGCACCCCAGAGACCAGUGCCACAGCUAUCUUUGCCCCCAUACAGCUCCAAUACAUUCCCAUCCAAAUCUGUCAAGCCUCCACCUAAGCCAGGAUCCAACAGCAUGCCUGGUGCAGAAAGUGUGAGAAACCUGUCUUCAAGUGGCUCACUACCACCACGCUUACAUCUAGGCAACAACAGCAGAUCUCCUUCAAGAGGCACAGACAUAAGACCUCCAUUGCCAAUUCCUAGCAGACAGACUGUUCCCCAAACAAACGUGGAGGUAGAUGAGGACUCACUAAAUGAUGAAUGGUAUGUUGCUUAUGUUAGCCGGCCAGAAGCAGAAGCAGCUCUUCGAAAAAUAAACAAGGAUGGAACAUUCUUGGUAAGAGACAGCUCAAGAAAAACUGUUACUCAUCCAUAUGUACUGAUGGUGUUGUACAGAGAUAAAGUAUACAACAUCCAGAUUCGUUACCAGGAGCAAAAUCACAUAUACUUGUUAGGAACCGGCCUAAAGGGAAAAGAGGAUUUUUCUUCUGUAGCAGAUAUGAUUGAUUACUUCCAAAGAACACCUCUUCUUCUGAUUGAUGGAAAAGACAGAGGUUCAAGAAACCAGUGCGUGUUAAAAUAUGCUGCAGGACAUAUUUAACUGAGACCUUAAUGAAGAUCACAUGCAGCACUGAAGCCUACUGAAGUUUUAAAACUUCAGGAUAUUUUCUUUUUUAGCAAACUAAAAUCAUGAAGUUAUUAAAAAUCCUUU